UCUCGUAUAAAUAAGGGCUUCUCCAUCUUCCCCCCACACCGUGAUAAUUAGCAGUGUUCUAUCGAAGUAUUCGCUCUAUCAAUCGAUAAUCUCGUCGCGCUCCCAGUUUCUGUGAGAACUGUGUUUUGAUUCAAUGGCGGAAGUGCAGACACCCGAUGCGGAGACAUUCGCUUUCCAGGCGGAGAUCAACCAGCUUUUGAGCCUUAUCAUCAACACUUUCUAUAGCAACAAGGAGAUCUUCCUUCGGGAGUUGAUCAGCAAUGCGUCCGAUGCCUUGGACAAGAUCCGAUUUGAAAGCUUGACUGAUAAGAGCAAGCUCGACGCUCAGCCGGAACUCUUUAUUCGCCUUGUUCCUGAUAAGGUUAACAAGACGCUCUCCAUUAUCGACAGUGGUGUUGGAAUGACUAAAGCAGAUCUGGUGAACAACUUGGGUACGAUUGCGAGGUCUGGUACAAAGGAAUUCAUGGAGGCAUUGCAGGCUGGAGCCGAUGUUAGCAUGAUUGGACAGUUUGGCGUGGGAUUCUACUCUGCCUACCUUGUGGCAGAGAAGGUGAUUGUGACCACGAAGCACAAUGACGACGAGCAGUACAUCUGGGAAUCACAAGCUGGUGGUUCCUUCACUGUGACGAGGGAUACGGAGGGGGAACAACUUGGCCGAGGAACCAAGAUCACCCUCUUCUUGAAAGAAGAUCAGCUGGAAUAUCUAGAGGAGCGGAGAAUCAAGGAUCUCGUGAAAAAGCACUCUGAAUUCAUCAGUUAUCCGAUUUAUCUCUGGACUGAGAAAACAACUGAGAAAGAAAUAAGUGACGAUGAAGAUGAUGAACCGAAGAAGGAAGAUGAGGGAGAGGUGGAAGAAGUAGACGAGGACAAGGAGAAGGAGAAAGGCAAGAAAAAGAAGAUUAAGGAAGUCUCCCAUGAAUGGCAGUUAAUCAACAAGCAGAAGCCCAUUUGGUUGCGCAAGCCAGAGGAGAUCACAAAAGAGGAGUACGCCUCUUUCUACAAAAGCUUAACAAACGACUGGGAAGAACAUCUUGCUGUCAAGCACUUCUCAGUUGAGGGGCAGCUCGAAUUCAAGGCAAUCAUCUUCGUCCCCAAAAGAGCUCCAUUUGAUCUCUUUGACACCCGCAAGAAAAUGAACAACAUCAAACUCUACGUCAGGAGGGUCUUCAUCAUGGAUAACUGCGAGGAACUCAUCCCUGAGUACCUCGGAUUUGUCAAAGGUGUUGUUGAUUCAGAUGAUCUUCCCCUCAACAUCUCCCGUGAGAUGUUGCAGCAGAACAAGAUCCUAAAGGUCAUCAGAAAGAAUCUGGUGAAGAAAUGCAUCGAACUGUUCAAUGAAAUUGCCGAGAACAAAGAAGAUUACAACAAAUUCUACGAGGCCUUCUCGAAGAACCUCAAGUUGGGCAUCCAUGAAGACAGCCAGAACAGAUCCAAAUUAGCUGACUUACUUAGGUAUCACUCAACCAAGAGUGGCGAUGAGUUGACAAGCCUGAAAGACUACGUUACAAGGAUGAAAGAGGGACAGAAGGACAUUUACUACAUCACCGGAGAGAGCAAGAAGGCUGUAGAGAAUUCACCAUUCCUUGAGCGCCUUAAGAAGAGAGGCUACGAGGUGCUCUACAUGGUCGAUGCCAUCGACGAAUAUGCAGUAGGUCAAUUGAAGGAAUAUGAUGGCAAGAAGCUCGUAUCUGCCACCAAGGAGGGACUCAAGUUAGACGACGAGACGGAGGAAGAAAAGAAGCAAAGGGAGGAGAAAAAGAAGUCGUUCGAGAGCCUCUGCAAGGUGAUCAAGGACAUCCUCGGUGACAAAGUGGAGAAGGUGGUUGUAUCCGACAGAAUUGUUGACUCGCCGUGCUGUUUGGUGACAGGAGAGUAUGGCUGGACAGCCAACAUGGAGAGGAUAAUGAAGGCCCAGGCGCUGAGGGACAGCACCAUGAGCUCGUACAUGUCUAGCAAGAAAACGAUGGAGAUUAAUCCCGACAAUGGGAUCAUGGAGGAGCUCCGGAAGAGGGCUGAGGCUGACAAGAAUGACAAGUCUGUUAAGGAUCUAGUGUUGCUGCUGUUCGAGACUGCUUUGCUGACGUCUGGAUUUAGUUUGGAUGAUCCAAACACUUUUGCUGCUAGGAUUCACAGGAUGCUGAAGCUGGGGUUGGGAAUUGACGAGGAGGAAGGUGUGGAGGAUGCUGAGAUGCCGGCACUGGAAGAGGAAGGCAAUGAGGAAAGCAAAAUGGAGGAGGUUGAUUAAGGGAAAUGAUACAAGUUAUUAAUUAAUGUAGGAAAGGAUUGGAUGGAAGGCUGAGUGUCUGCUGCUAAUGUGCUAUGGUGUCUUUCUUUAUUAUUAUUUUUUUUUUCUUUUUGUUUUGGUUUGAUCUGAGAUGAUUUCGGUGCGUGUGCUGAAUGGUGUCUCGAGGGUACUGUGAAUGUUAUUGUUGCAGUGAAUUCAAUGAAGUCUUUCUUUUAACGUUC